AUGAGAAGAACAAGUAUAAUUAACAAGACUCCACCAAACUUGUCAUCAUUUUCAUCACCCAUUGGUAGUGGGGUAGGAAGUUUUUCAACACCUCCUCCACCAAUGAUGAUGAUACAUUCCUCAACAAUUAAUGAUGAUGAUGAACGUAUAGAAGAAGAUAUUCCAUUAAAUCAAGAAGAUGAAUUAGAAUUAUUAGAUCAUCAUCAUAAAUAUAUUGAUGAUCCAAUAGAAUAUGGUGAUCAUCACCGUCAUCAUCAUCAUCACUCUUUUAAAUCUAUUAAUAAUAAUAAUAACAGCAAUAAUAAUACUAAUAAUAUAUUAUUGAGAUCUAAUGAAGAUAAUGAAAAUAGAAAUAGUAUUGAAAGUGUAGAAUCAGAUGAUAGUAGUAGUAGUAGUGAAUCAUCUGAAUCUAUAAUAAUAUCAUCUUCAUAUGAUGAAAAAACAUUACAACAACAAUUUUAUGCAAAUAUGGUAACAGAAUGGCAAGUUAAAUAUUUAGAUUAUAAAUAUUUACUUGAUAAAUUAAAUGAUUUAAAAGAUGAAUUUAAACAUUCUGAUUUUAAUAUUAAAAAUAUUAUAUCUUCAUCUAUUAAUUUAACAAAUAGAAGAAAUAAUAAUAAUAAUAAUGAUAUAAAUAAUAAUUUAAUUGAAGAUUUUAAAUAUUUACUAUAUAAGGAAAUUAAUAAGAUUAAUAAUUUUUAUUUAGAAAAUGAAAUUUCUAUUAAUGAUGAACAUAAUAGAUUAUUAGAACAAAUUAAUAAAAUUAAUGAAAUGUAUAAUGAUAAUAAAUAUGCAAGAUCAUUAAUUUCUAAAGAUAGUAAAUCAUCAAAAUUAGAAAUUUUAACAUUUAAUCAAAAACAAAAAUUAAAAGAAGGAAUUGAAGAACAUUAUUAUAAUUUAAAUUUAUUAUUUAAUUAUAGAUUAGUUAAUUAUAAUGCUUUAAUUCAUAUUACAACAAAAUUAAAUGAAAUUACAAAAAGAAAAAUUAAAUUUACUUUUAAUGAAUUAAAUGAUGCAAUUAAUUAUAAUUCUAAAAAUAAUUCAAUUAAUACUCCUAUUAUUAUUAAUAAUAAUUUUAAUAAUAAUUCUAAUAAUAAUAAUAAUUCUAAAUAA